CGCGAGCUGAUGGUCGAGCGCUCGAUGCUCGGCAAAAUAUGAGGAAUAUUGCCGGCCGCGACCACCAUGACGACCACCAGCCAUCUCAUCUUCAAAUUCGCCCUGCUCGCGCUGCUCGUCGUUGGCACAAGGUGUAUGUGCAACAGCGGGUACACGGGGCAGAACUGCGAGAGCGAGUAUAUUCCGUGCGACCCGUCGCCAUGUCAAAACGGCGGUGCCUGCCGUCAGAUCGACAACCUUACCUACAAGUGCACAUGUCCAGAGGGAUUCGAAGGUGACCAGUGCGAGGUGAACGUCGACGACUGCGUGGGCAACCUGUGCCAGAACGGCGCUACCUGCGUGGACCGGGUGAACGAGUACUCGUGCCAGUGUCCGGCGGCGUUCACGGGGCCGCAGUGCGAGCACGACGUCGACGAGUGCUCGGUGCGGCCGUCGCCGUGUCACAACGGUGCCACCUGCACGAACAGCCACGGCAGCUACUCGUGCAUCUGCGUGAACGGAUGGACCGGGCCCGACUGCAGCCAGAACAUCGACGACUGCGCCGGGGCUGCCUGCUUCAACGGCGCCACCUGCAUCGACAGGGUGGGCAGCUUCUUCUGCCAGUGCACCCACGGCAAGACCGGUUUGCUUUGUCACCUGGACGACGCGUGCACGUCGAAUCCAUGCCACCAGGAUGCCGUCUGCGACACAAGUCCAAUCAAUGGUUCCUUCACCUGCUCUUGUACCAGUGGAUAUCGCGGUAUCGACUGUUCCGAGGACAUCGACGAGUGCAAACAAGGUUCGCCGUGCGAGCACGAUGGCAUUUGCGUCAACACGCCCGGCUCGUUCGCUUGCAACUGCACUCAGGGCUUCACUGGGCCGAGGUGCGAGACCAACAUCAACGAAUGCGAAUCCCAUCCGUGCAAGAACGACGGCUCCUGCUUGGACGAUCCCGGCACCUUUAGAUGUGUUUGCAUGCCUGGUUUCACGGGAACGCAAUGCGAGAUCAACAUCGACGAGUGCGCAGCGAAUCCAUGCCUGAACAACGGCGUCUGCACGGACUUGAUAAACGGCUUCAAGUGCAAGUGCGCCGAUGGCUUCGCCGGUGUGCACUGUCAAAUCAACAUCGACGACUGUGCCUCGUCUCCGUGCCGCAACGGUGGCACGUGUCACGACAGCAUCGCGCGCUACACCUGCGAGUGUCCGGCCGGCUUUACCGGCGCGUCAUGCGAGACCAACAUCAACGAUUGCCAAUCGAAUCCGUGCCACAGCGGCAGCUGCAUCGACGGCGAAAAUUCCUUCACUUGCAGCUGCUUCCCCGGCUUCACGGGCAAUCUAUGCCAGACGCAGAUCGACGAGUGCGAGAGCAAUCCGUGCCUGUUUGGCGGAAGGUGCGAGGAUAGAAUCAACGGCUAUCAGUGCAUUUGCAGACCCGGCACUUCGGGGACCAACUGCGAGAUCAACGUCAACGAGUGCUACAGCAAUCCCUGCAGGAACGGCGCCAGGUGUAUCGACGGCAUCAACAGGUACUCGUGCGAGUGCGAGCCAGGCUUCACCGGUCAGCACUGCGAGACCGACAUCAACGAGUGCGCCUCGAAUCCCUGCGCCAACGGUGGCCGGUGCAUCGACUUGAUCAACGGCUACCGCUGCGAGUGCCCGCGUGGCUACUACGACGCGCGUUGCCUGAGCGACGUCGACGAGUGCUCGUCCAAUCCGUGCAUGAACGGCGGCACCUGCGAGGAUGGCGUCAAUCAGUUCAUCUGCCACUGUUUACCUGGCUACGGUGGCAAACGUUGCGAGGCUGACAUCGACGAGUGUGGCUCGAAUCCGUGCCAGCACGGCGGUGCCUGCAAGGACAGACUCGACGGUUACAGUUGCCAGUGCUUGGCUGGCUACGCCGGAAUCAAUUGUGAGACGAACAUCGACGAUUGCGCCAACAAUCCUUGCCAGAACGGUGGCUCCUGCAUCGAUUUGGUCAACGACUACAAGUGCGUCUGCGAACUGCCACACACUGGAAGAAAUUGCGAAAACAAGUUGGAUCCUUGCUCGCCUAACAAAUGCCUUCACGGAGCCAAGUGUACACCCUCCUCGAACUUUCUGGACUUCGCCUGCACCUGCACUGUUGGAUACACCGGCCGCUACUGUGACGAAGACGUCGACGAAUGCGUGAUGACAUCACCGUGCAGGAACGGUGCUACCUGUCGUAACACCAAUGGCUCCUAUCACUGCAUCUGUGCCAAGGGUUAUGAAGGACGGGAUUGCGUUAUCAACACUGACGACUGUGCUUCAUUCCCUUGUCAGAACGGCGGCUCUUGUCUGGACGGCAUUGGCGACUACACCUGCCUGUGCGUGGACGGUUUCAGCGGCAAGCAUUGCGAGGUCGACAUCGACGAGUGUAUCUCGGCACCCUGUCAGAAUGGAGCCACCUGCAAAGAAUACGUCAACUCGUAUACUUGCCAGUGCAGGCUCGGCUUCUCCGGUAUCAACUGUCAGACUAACGACCAAGACUGUACCGAGUCGUCUUGUAUGAACGGUGGCACUUGCAUCGACGGUAUCAACAACUACACUUGCGUCUGUCGACCUGGAUACACUGGUUCCAACUGUCAGUAUAGAAUCAACGAGUGCGACAGUAAUCCUUGCAUGAACGGAGCAACGUGUCACGACCACGUUCAGCAUUACACUUGUCAUUGUCCUUAUGGAUUCACUGGUGAGAGAUGCGAAGGGUACGUCGACUGGUGUGCCGAAUCACCUUGCGAGAAUGGAGCUACAUGUCUGCAAAAGAGAAACAAAUACGAGUGCGUCUGCUCGCCUGGAUGGACUGGUAAGGUCUGCGAUGUUGAAAUGGUUUCUUGUAAGGAUGCCUCGCUUCGUAAGGGCGUUGCCGAGAGACGAUUGUGCAACAACGGAACCUGUAAAGACAUUGGUAACAGUCAUACUUGUAUCUGUAACGAGGGUUACACCGGUAGCUAUUGUCAGACCGAGAUCAACGAGUGCGACUCGGCUCCUUGUCAAAACGGUGCUACCUGUCGCGAUCUCGUCGGUUCCUACCAGUGUGAUUGUACUACGGGUUUCCAAGGUCAGAACUGCGAACUCAACGUGGACGAUUGCCGACUGAAUCCAUGCCAGAACGGUGGCACUUGUCAUGAUCUCAUCAGCAACUUUAGCUGCUCCUGCCCACCCGGCACUCUUGGUUAUCUGUGUGAAAUCAACGUCGACGAUUGCGUGAAAGAUGCCUGCCACAACAACGGCACCUGCGUUGACAGAGUCGGUGGCUUCGAAUGCAAGUGUCCACCUGGUUUUGUUGGUCCACGUUGCGAAGGUGACAUCAACGAGUGUCUGUCCAAUCCUUGCGCAGCACCUGGUACUCAAGACUGCGUGCAACUGGUCAACAACUACCACUGCAACUGCAAGCCUGGUUACAUGGGUCGUCACUGCGAGGUUGAAGUCAAUUUCUGUGACAAUGCUCCGUGUCAGAACGGCGGUAUUUGUACUGCAGAGAAAGCCGGUCAUACGUGUCUCUGCCCAAGUGACUACUAUGGCCCCAACUGCGAGUUUUCCGGAUCGUACUGCGACAGAGAGCCGUGUCUUAAUGGUGGUACUUGUCGAGUGACCAACACUGCCGUCGGCUACAGAUGCCACUGUGCACCUGGUGUCGCUGGUACGCACUGUGAGAUCGAUGCCCUCGACGAGUGCCAGAGCAAUCCUUGUCAGCAAGCUGAAGCGAUGUGUGAAAAUCUUCUUGGAGAUUAUGCUUGCUACUGCCCACCCAAGUGGACUGGCAAGAAUUGCGAGAUCUACGAUCCCAAUUAUCGCGGUGGCGUGUUCGGCAGAAGGAAGCCUAAUCAAUCCGUUCAGAUGAAUGCCUACGAUCUUGAUCUUGAGCGUGAGAAAAAGAAAUGCAUCGAGAAUAGAUGUGAUGAGAAAUCCGGCAACCACAAGUGUGACGAGGAAUGCAAUCGAUAUGCUUGUAACUUUGAUGGAAACGACUGCUCGCUAGGUAUCAAUCCAUGGAGGAACUGUACUGCUCCGAUCAACUGCUGGGACGUAUUUAUGAACGGCGAGUGUGAUGAGGUCUGCAACAACGCCCAGUGCUUGUUCGAUGGUAGGGACUGUGAGAAGAGGCUUGCACCUUGCAACCCAAUCUACGAUGCCUACUGUCGUAAGCACUACGCAAACGGCUAUUGUGACUAUGGCUGCAACAACGCCGAGUGUAACUGGGACGGUCUCGAUUGCGAGGAUGAACCGCCAUCUCUUGCUGGUGUAAUCUCAGUUGUAGUACGCAUGGACAUGCAGACUUUCCGUCAGAACAUCGUUGGUUUCCUUCGUGAUAUGGGCCACGAACUGCGCACCACCUUGCGUGUGAAAACGGACGAAUUGGGCCAGGAGAUGAUCUUUCCGUGGAAACGCGACAACCAGCCAUCUAUCCAAACGAACUUCUUCGGUCGUCCUACCAGUAUUUACGGCGAUAAACAGACCGGAGUAGUUGCUUAUCUCGAGAUCGAUAAUAGAAAGUGUACAAUGACUUCGAAUGCCGUAUGCUUUCCAACGGCAAACGAAGCAGCGGAAUAUCUUGCGGCUAAGGCCUCGAAGCACACGUUGACGAGAAACUACCCGAUUGAGAAGGUCGAGAGUGUGAUCGAUCAGAUUUCCGACUAUCCAGACUCACAGACCAACUACAAGUAUGUACUAAUCGGUGCGAUUCUCGUCGUCCUCGCGACUAGCUUGAUCGGUGUACUUGUCACCGCGAAGCGACGUCAUCCUGGCAAAAUCACGACUUGGUUCCCCGAUGGAUUCAUGUUGAGUUCAUCUAACAGCGUGCAACGUCGUCGAGCAGCACCUCGUCGCCGUGGCCCCGACGGUCAGGAGAUGCGUAAUUUAAAUAAACCACAACCUGGUAGCAACUGCAUGAGUCUCGAAGUAGGCAAUGGCAGAACACCACAAUGGUCGGACGAUGAGUCGGAUCUGCCGCCUUCGAAAAGAAUGCGCGCCGGUUUGACCGAGCCAGGUUAUGCCAGUGAUCAAACUAUUAUCACCGAUUAUGAAGAAGCCGAACCGAGGUUAUGGUCACAAGGACAUAUUGAUCCUUCGGACAUGCACACCAGGCCGGAUGCUGGUGGACGUACGCCGCCGGAUCAUGCCGAUGGGUUGAAUGCCAGAAAUCCUUGCGGUAUGACGGAGCUCAUGGUUGCUGCUGUUAGCGGUGGUGGUCUGGAUACUGGCGAGGACGAUGAAGAUAGUGAUGGCACUGCUGCAGUUAUUACUGAUCUUGUCAACCAGGGAGCUGACUUUAAUGCAGUUACUGAUAAGACUGGUGAAACUUCGCUGCACCUUGCUGCAAGGUACGCACGUGCGGACGCCGCAAAGAGACUGCUAGACGUAGGUGCGGAUGCAAACUCAAUGGAUAACAACGGUCGUACACCACUUCACUCGGCUGUGGCCGCUGACGCGAUGGGCGUCUUCCAGAUUCUGCUGCGCAAUCGCGCCACCAAUCUGAACGCUCGCAUGCACGACGGCACGACACCGCUGAUUUUGGCCGUACGUCUUGCUACGGAAGGAAUGGUCGAAGAUUUAAUCAACGCCGAGGCAGACAUCAACGCCGCUGACAACAGUGGCAAGACAGCUCUCCACUGGGCUUCAGCUGUCAAUAAUACUGAUGCUGUGAACAUACUCUUGGUGCAUGGCGCGAACAGAGACGCGCAAGACGACAAGGACGAGACACCGUUGUUCUUGGCAGCGAGAGAAGGUAGUUACGAAGCAUGUAAGGUGCUACUCGAUAACUUCGCCAACAGGGAAAUUACCGACCAUAUGGAUCGGUUACCCAGAGAUGUGGCGGGCGAGAGAAUGCAUCAUGAUAUUUGCCGAUUAAUCGAUGAGCACGUAACGAGGUCACCUCAGAUGGUCUCCGUAAUGCCUAAUGGUCCUCUAAUGGGCUCACCAAAUCAUCCACAAUUGAUACCGCAUCCGACAGUGAUAAGCUCCUCGUCGAAGGCGUCAAAGUCGAAGAAACGCGCGAAACCCGGCAACCCAAGCAGCCCGGAAUCGGAAAACGGCGGAGGCGGCGGUGGCGCAGCGUCGGUCAGGCGAAAACCUUCGGUAAAGAAACAGCCUCCGGCAAAGCGCGCCGCCCAGCCGAAUCCCAAUCAAGAACUGCCACAAGGAGCUGAAGGUGCCGAGGGUAAUUUGCCCUCGCCUUACGAUAGUGCCAGUUUGUAUAGCAAUGCACUGCCACCAUUGGUUGGAGCCACGCAAACUCACACGCAAGCAACGGCAGCCGCAGCUGCAGCUCAAGCUGCUGCUGUUGCCGCUGCGGCGGUUCAGGCUGCCAAGCAACCACCUCCAUACGAGGAUUGCAUCAAAUCUCAAACUAUGCAACCACAGAGCUUACAACAGCAGCUGGGUCAUUUGGACGGCUAUACGAGCUACGGGCUGCCGAAUUUUCACGACCAGCUGCUGGGGGUACAACACCAACAGCAGCGUCAGCAGUCAAACGGGGGCACGAACGGCACGGCAAGCAUGAUCGUAAACACGCUAUCACCACCGUAUAGUAACCAGUCGCCACCGCACUCGGUUCAGUCGAACAUGACCCUGUCGCCACAGGCGAAUUACAUGGGUUCACCGUCACCAGCGAAAAACCGACCAUCCUUGCCAACCUCGCCCACCCACAUAGCGGCGAUGCGACAGGCGACGCAUCAGAAGCAUGGCGGCAUACCUCCAGUGGGGUUUGACUUUGAGAAUCUGCCUUACCCACAGCAGCAGAUGCAACCGCAGCAACAGCAACAGCAGCAGCAAUUUCAACAGCAGCAGCAACAGCAGCAGAGCCAACAACAGUACUAUCAGUACUUGACGCCGCCGUCUCAUCAUUCGGGUCCGGACGUCACGCCGCAGCACCUAAUGCAAGCACCCGAGAGCUUCCCAACGCCGUCGCCUGAUAGCCCUGGGCACUGGUCGUCGAGUUCACCGCAUUCGAACAGCGACUGGUCUGAGUGCAUGGCUUCCCCGCAGAACGCCUACGGCUCCGCGCCACCAGGACACCAAAGCAAUAAGGGCUCCGAGGCUAUCUACAUUUGAGUGUCUAUGUGUGCGCGCGAGACUGAAACUGCGGACUCUCUUUUUAAUCCGUAGAUUCUUUUUUUUAUUAGACACAACUUUUUUGUGCUGCUCGGUCUUUGCGACCGAUGGCAACAACAAUGCCGUUAAUCACACGACAUUCAAGCGCCUUAAUUAUUAUAUAUUAUAACGUUUUUUUAUUCGAAAUGAUUAAUUAUUAAUUUUUAUAAGCUAUAUUUGUGAAAAUGAGAUAUAUAUAUAUAUAUGUAUAUACAAAUAUAAAGAAAAAUGCUUGUUCGAUUUAUUUGACUAUAGUCAGAGGGUGGAGAUUUUACGGGAUUGAUCGAGUGCUUUUUUUCCUUCAGAAAAAUUGGUUUUUUUAUGUGCAUUUUCAUUUUUUUCUCAUGCAGUCAUAUGCUAUUCUAGUUUCUUUUAGAUAAAUUAACAUUUUAAUAAUAAUGAUUAUUAAUUUUUCUUACUUUGGACGAGCAAUACGUUCAUAAUAUGUGAAUGCAUGUACAUAAUUAUUGAUGAAGUAAACUGUUUCGGUUUAUUUGACUAUAGUCAAAUACAAUGCGAAGAGUAACUUUAGUUUAUUUGAACUGAUCUAAAAGUAUCAUAAAGAUCAUGCAAGUUAUAGGAGAUUUUUAUACACUUUUUUUCUCAUUUUUGUCUUUGUUUUAAUUUUAAUAUACGACUCGUUGCGCGAUUUUGGUGAAUCGCGAUGUUCUUCCAAAAAACGCUGAUUUUGUCGACGUUAUCUGGUUGCAGAUAUGCAGGUCCCCUUGGAUGCCACGCGUCCUAUUAGUAAACAAAUCAACUCGUGCUCUGCGCCCUUCCCCCAUCACUUUCUGUGUUAAUUAAAAAGUGUAUUAAAAACAGAAAAAACGUAAGACUUCUAUUUUUUGUCACCCAGUUGAUUAAGUUAAGUUAGAAUGCUCUUAUUAUUAAUAUUAUGACUAUUACAAUAUUAUAAUAAAUCUUGUUAUUCCUUGUAACUUGUAAAAAGUACUAAGUUUUAUCCGUAAUAAUUAUUUGUCUAGAUAAAUUAAGUUUAUCAUAGUCCUACUACAAUCACGCUCCUAUACACAAUCCCUAUCUAUAUUUUUUUAAAUUAUGUCUCAUAGAUAUAAUAGAUAAACAUAGUUUUUAACAUUUAAGUGAUAGGGUUGUUGUUCAUUUGUGCUAUGCUUUCGCGUUUUUUAUUCUUUAUAUCAUAAGCAUAGAUAAUUCAAGUGUAUUUUGAGAAAUUUUACGCAACAAUCAA